AUGCAGGAGACAGCGACUCGAGGACCAGAUACAGCCAGACGAGGUUGGCGUUGGCUCCACGUCAACGCCCGCGGACAGCAAAGGGGCAUAUGUGAAGCCGCGUCAGAGAUCUAUUAUCCCAUGUGGGCGCUCUACAGGCAUUAUCGGUCUCCAAGUGGAUAUGAAAUUGAUGAAAAAGAAGGAAAAAGCAAGCAAGCGAGCAACGCAAAGCAGAGGCAGAGGCAGCGGAAGAAAAGGGCGAAGCAAGCCCCCCCCGCCACGACGCAGGAGAGAGGCAAGGGGUGCCAAAGAAGAUGA